CCGCGGGAGGCGGCCGAGGAGGGAGGAACUUCCCAAAGUUGCCAAACAUGGCUACCUCGCCUGCCGAGCCGAGCGCGGGGCCGGCGGCUGGGGGGGAGGCUGCGGCGGCGACCGAGGAGGAGGAGGAGGAAGCGCGCCGGCUGCUGCAGACUCUGCAGGCGGCCGAGGGGGAGGCGGCGGCGGCGGCGGCCGGGGCGGGGGAGGCGGCGGCGGCGGAAUCAGGGUCCCCGGGCGGCCCGGGGUCUCCCCCCGAGCCCGCGGCCGAGGCGCCCACGGGCCUGCGCUUCUCGCCCGAGCAGGUGGCGUGCGUGUGCGAGGCGCUGCUGCAAGCCGGCCACGCCGGCCGCUUGAGCCGCUUCCUGGGCGCUCUGCCCCCGGCCGAGCGCCUACGUGGCAGCGAUCCGGUGCUGCGCGCGAGGGCCCUGGUGGCCUUCCAGCGCGGCGACUACGCCGAGCUCUACCGGCUCCUCGAGAGCCGCCCUUUCCCCGCCGCCCACCACGCCUUCCUGCAGGACCUCUACCUGCGUGCGCGCUACCACGAGGCCGAGAGGGCCCGCGGCCGCGCGCUGGGCGCCGUGGACAAAUACCGGCUGCGCAAGAAGUUCCCCCUGCCCAAGACCAUCUGGGACGGCGAGGAGACCGUCUACUGCUUCAAGGAGCGCUCGCGCGCGGCGCUCAAGGCCUGCUACCGCGGCAACCGCUAUCCCACGCCCGACGAGAAGCGCCGCCUGGCCACGCUCACCGGCCUCUCGCUCACGCAGGUCAGCAACUGGUUCAAGAACCGGCGACAGCGCGACCGGACUGGCACCGGCGGCGGAGCGCCCUGCAAAAGCGAGUCCGAAGGGAACCCCGCUACUGAAGACGAGUCCAGCCGAAGCCCGGAGGACCUGGAGAGGGGCGUGGCCCCCGCGGCGGCCGAGGCCCCCACCCAGAGCCCCGUCUUCCUCGCGGGGGCCACCCCUCCCUCGACGUGCGCCGCCUCCUCGUCCAUCCUAGUGAACGGGAGCUUCCUGGCCGCCGGCAGCCCCCCGGCCGUGCUCCUCAACGGCGGCCCAGUCAUCAUCAACAGCCUGGCCCUCGGGGACGCCUCCAGCCUGGGGCCCCUGCUGCUCACAGGGGGCGGCGGCGCGCCUGCACCGCAGCCCAGCGCCCAGGGAGCCAGCGACGCCCGGGCUUCCCUGGUCCUGGACCCUCAGACCGGAGAGGUUCGGCUGGAGGAGACUCCGCCCGAGGCUCCCGAGACCAAGGGGGCUCAGGGGGCUGUUCCCGGGGCCACCGGGGAGGAAGUCCCGGGGGCCCUGCCCCAGGUAGUCCCGGGCCCCCCGCCCGCCCCCACCUUCUCUCUGCCCCCGGGAGCUGUGCCCUCCGCGGCCGCCCCUCAGGUGGUGCCAGUGUCCCCGUCUGCUGGGUACCCCGCGGGCCUGAGCCCCACCUCGGCCCUGCUGAGCCUGCCCCAGGUGGUGCCCACCUCGCAGGUGGUGACGCUGCCGCAGGCCGUGGGGCCGCUGCAGCUGCUGGCGGCCGCGCCCGGCAGCCCCGUGAAGGUGGCCGCUGCGGCGGGGUCUGCCAACGUGCACCUGAUAAACUCGGGUGUGGGAGUGACCGCACUGCAGCUUCCGCCGGCCGCCGCCCCAGGGAACUUCCUCCUGGCCAACCCUGUGUCCGGCAGCCCCAUAGUCACAGGGGUGGCUGUGCAGCAGGGCAAGAUCAUCCUCACCGCCACCUUCCCCACCAGCAUGCUCGUCUCCCAGGUCCUGCCGCCCGCCCCCAGCCUCGCCCUGCCCCUGAAGCCAGAGCCGGCCAUCCCGGUGCCCGAAGGAGGCCUCCCAGUGACCCCCAGCCCCGCCCUCCCGGAGGGUCACUCUCUGGGGCCGCUCCCUGCUCAGCCCCUGCCAGCCGCUCCUGCUGUCACCUCCGCCACCAGCCUGCCUUUCUCCGCGGACUCCCCCGGCCUACUGCCCGGCUUCCCGGCGCCCGCGCCUGAGGGUCUGAUGCUGUCGCCUGCGGCUGUGCCAGUGUGGCCAGCGGGGCUGGAACUGAGCACUGGGGUAGAGGGGCUGGGCACGCAGGCCGCCCACACCGUGCUGAGACUGCCGGACCCUGACCCCCAGGGGCUGCUCCUGGGGGCCACAGCGGGGACCGAGGUUGAUGAGGGGCUGGAGGCUGAGGCCAAGGUCCUGACGCAGCUGCAGUCAGUGCCUGUGGAGGAGCCCUUGGAACUGUGACCGCCUGGACCCACCGCGUCCCCUGACCAUGGUGCUCAAGGUGCUAGGGCGGAAGGCGCAGCCCAGUGCAGUGGUGCUGUCUGAGGUCCACAGAGCGACCCUGACCCGGAUCAGCUGCCGCCCGCCCGCCCGCCCGUCAGGGCUGGUCCCCUUCCUGUUACAGCCCUGCCUGCCCCCUGCACGGGCACGGCGCCCUCCUCUACCCGGUACUAGCGGAGGAAGGCCUUGCCUGGCGGCUGGCUUCCAGCCAGUACCCUCACCAUAACACUACUUAGGCCCAGUGUCCCCAGAACUGCCUGAGCCCCGGGGAGGACAGGCCAGAGUGCGGCCCAGAGAGCCCUUCCUGCUGGGGACAGUGUGAUGGAUGCCCUUCCCCAACCUCCCUGGACGAGAGCCCCAGGAUCCAGCCCCAGACCAAAGAGUUCCCUGUCCCUUGGGGCAAUCCUGGCCCCUUCGUCUAGUUUGUAUCGUAAAUCUUUAUUUUUCUAGGACAUGUUAUGCCUCCAUUUCAAUUAAAGUCAAGUUAACAGACA